CAACAACAUCUGAUGUAUCAUUGAGGGCAAUUGUAAUUCUAGGGUUUAUCAUCUCCUCUAAGCUCUACCUCUCACAUAGAAGAAACGAGUCACAUAGAGAGAGAGCGAGAGAGAGAGAGAAUGGAUACGUUUUCAUCACCAUCAUCAAUUGGAACAGGAUCUCAAGUGUCAACUUCAGAUCUUAUGGACCAGGUCAAGACACAGCUCGCCCAGGCUUAUGCUCAGGAGUUCCUUGAGACUGUUCGGGGUAAAUGUUUCGAUAAGUGUAUCACAAAACCAGGGUCAAGCCUUAGUGGGAGCGAAAGUAGCUGCAUCUCCAGGUGUGUGGAUCGCUACAUAGAGGCCACUGGCAUUGUUAGCAGAGCUCUUUUCAAUGCUCCACACUGAAUUACGAUUUGGAAAGUUUUGGAGAAGAAUGUCCCGCAACUCUUAGUAAUAGAGAGACAUUUCUUUUCAUACUUGUAUGCUGGCCACUUUAACAAUGGGCACAGAUGUUUUCUUCAUAUUGAACACUAACUUUUGCAGUUAUUGAUUCUUUUCAAUAAUUAAAAAAUAUAUAUUCUCAGUUUGAUUAUAA